CGAGGCUGGCUAAUUCGGGACUUCCACUCUGACCAGUAUGGGACGUCUGUCGCACUCUCUUUACUGCUGUGUUUUUAUUGUAUUUGUCACGGUUUUGGUUUCUUCGGACGUCCCGACAAAGCCGAAAGUUUACACUCUCAACUUGGAUCUUCCACCAGAGGAAAGAUGGAUGCACAUAGUUAAAGAUUUCCCCCAGUUGGCAGAGAUCGCUGACACGGUUACGAGGCGUGUCAUCCCAGAAGAUGUGUACCCACUGGUUGACCAGUUGGCCCAGGAACUAGACAAGUAUCUGCCAGAACCUUUUGCUCAGGAAAUAAGAGUUUUCAACUUUAUUUUCAGGUUUUGUACCAGCAUAGUGGCCCAAGAUAAGAAUGGACUGAUAUGGCAUGCCAGGAAUUUGGACUAUGGUGGCAAGUACGGCUUCACUGAAAUGCUGAAGAAUAUUACUGCUAUAGUUCAUUUUCAGAAAGGAGGAAAGACUGUAUACAGUGCAGUAACAUAUGUGGGCUUUGCAGGCAUAGUUACAGGACAGAGACCAUAUGGAUUCACCAUCUCUAUUGAUGAGAGAGAUCAAGGAGCCUGGUGGAUGAAUGCACUCGUGGCUCUUCUGGACAGGCAAGCCUGGCCAGUUGGAUUCCUCAUUAGAAAAACUUUGGAAGAAGAAACCACAUUUGAAGGAGCACUGGACAGAAUAGUGACAACAGACACAAUAGCAGAGGGAUACUUCAUUAUAGGUGGCGCUAACAGCAGCCAGGGAGCAGUUGUUACCCGGGCCAGACUGCAGGCAGACAAUGUAUGGAAACUAGACAUCCCUAAUGGAAGAUGGUAUUUGGUGGAGACUAAUUAUGAUCACUGGGUGGACCCCCCUGCCACAGAUAACAGACGAACCCCGGCUAUGAAAGCAUUGAAUUCCACUGGCCAACAAAACAUCAACAAGGGCACAUUGUUUGAAGUAUUAUCGGAACCUCUUGUGGUAAACAGGCAUACCACGUACACUGCGACGAUGAGCGCUGGAAAACCGGAUGUCUUUGAUGCUUGGGUUCGCCAUUAUAACGGUCAAGCUUCAAAAAGGCUCCCGGAAGUUUUACAGAAGAAGUUUUUCAAGAUUGAGAAGAAUACGCUCAAAUAAAUCCAUUUUUAUUUGACUUGUUGUUUUAUCAUUGUUACAAACAAUCUAUGCAGAUUAAUCAUCAUUCAGAUUUCAGUGCAAGCACAACAAAUUUUUUUAUUUAAAUUAGAAACUUUUUUACCAAUUUUUUUCUGCAAGUGAUUUCAACUGUGAUAGAACGGAGAUUUUUUUAAAUCAUUUAUUGCAAUGGUUUAUGUAAAUAAAAUUUCAAAUAAGUUUA